AUGGAAGAUAGUAUUAAUCAAGAAGCAACUGCUGAUAACAAUGAUUCUGUGAAUAAUAACAUGCCUGCCGAUACUCCUAUUUCGAAUGAUGCUGCUAAUCCUAAUUCCCGUAGUGCUAACGAUAGUCAGUCACAAGGUUCUUCGAACCUUAGGGGAAAAACAGAUUUAGCUUGGAAAUAUGUUGCUCUACAAACAGUGAAUGGAAAACCACAGUAUCAAUGUUUAUUUUGCCUACAAGUUUUCAAUGGAGGUGGAAUUCACAGGAUGAAGAAACAUCUAGCAAAGGUUACCGGAGACGUAAAAAAAUGUCCUAAAGUUCCAUAUGAUGUGGAAAAACAGAUGGAAAGUUUGUUGAAAGAUAUUCAGGCCAGCAAAAAGAAAAGAAAAGUAAGUUUUGGUGAAGAGGGUGGUGAUGAGGUAGAUGAUGCAAUUGAUGAGGCAAUCCAAGAAGAACAGGAACAGCAGCGUACCUCGAAUCAGCAAGGAGUUGGAGGCGAUCCAAAGAAAAAAGCCAAAGUCAUUCCUCCUAUGUUUGCACCAAGAACAACUCCAGGAGCUCAACCAAGUAUUAAGAGUGUUUUGCAAAACAAAGAGGCGAUACACGAGGUUGAUAAACGAUUUGCUCGGUGGCUUUUGGAUUGUAAAAUUCCAUUUAAUGCUGUGAUGCCGCCAUAUUUCCAAGAUAUGUUGGAUGGUGUUGCUGGUAUUGGACCUGGUUACAAGGGGCCUUCUUAUGAUAAGUUAAGGGUUCAUUUGUUGGCUGAUCUUAAAAGAGAAAGUCAAAUGCUAGUUGAUAGUUAUAGGAGUGCAUGGAAGGAAACUGGAUGUACCCUCAUGGCUGAUGGUUGGACAGAUCAAAGACAAAGGACGUUAAUCAAUUUCUUGGUGUAUUGUUCUAAAGGUUUGUGCUUUGUGAAAUCAGUAGAUGCUUCCAGUAUGGUAAAAAAUGCUUCACACUUGUGUACUUUGUUUUCUGAGGUGAUUGAAUGGAUUGGCCCAAAUAAUAUUGUGCAUGUUGUGACUGACAAUGCGGCCAAUUAUGUUGCUGCUGGUAGGCUUAUCAAUAGAAAAUAUGAUAAUAUCUAUUGGUCACCAUGUGCUGCUCAUUGCCUUAAUCUUAUUUUAAAAGAUAUAAGCAGCAUGGCGCAUAUUUCUAACCUUGCAACUCGUGCUUCAAAUAUCACAGUAUUUGUGUACAAUCAUACGGUUUUCUUAUCUUGGCUAAGAGAAAGACCUAAGUGGAGAGAAAUUGUACGUCCUGGUGCAACCCGGUUUGCAACUGUGUUUAUUACAUUGAAGAGCAUCUUUGACCGUAAAAAGGAGUUGCAACAAUUGGUUGUAGAUUCAAUUUUCACUGAUCACAAAUUAGGAAGGAGUGCUACUGGUAGAGCUGUGAGUGCUAUUAUUCUGGAUACAAAAUUUUGGGACGAUUGCUUUACUGUAUGUAAACUUGUGAGCCCUCUGAUUUACUUACUGAGGGUUGUUAAUGCUGAUGACCCCCCAUCUUUGGGGUAUGUUUAUGAAGGAAUGCUAAGGGCAGAAGAUGCAAUUAAGGAGAUGUUUAGGCAAUCCAAGACUGCAUAUCAGCCGUACACAGAUAUUAUCAACUCAAGAUGGGACAAGCAUUUGAAGAAAGAUCUUCAUGCGGCAGCUUACUUCCUGAAUCCUAAAUUCUUUUUUAAUGAAAAUUAUAAAGAAGCACCUGAUGUUAUGCGAGGUUUGCUUGAUCUUGUUACCUUGUAUUGCAAGUGUAACAAUUUGGAUUCAGUUCAGGCAAUGAAAGAAAUACAUUUAUAUAGAGAUCGGAAGGAAAGUUUUGAUAGACAAGAAGUUAUUCCAGCUGCAUCUGAACUUAAGCCUGAUGAAUGGUGGAGGUUAUUCGGAGGCUCUGCUCCAUGUCUACAAAAGAUAGCUGUUCGCAUUCUUAGCCAAGCAUCUGCUUCUUCUGGGUGUAAGAGAAAUUGGAGCCUUUUUGACCAGAUUCAUACAAAAAGAAGAAAUAGAUUGGAGCAUGAUAGACUGAAUGACAUUGUUUAUGUUACCUAUAAUUUGCGUCUUAAAUCCAGUCAAGUUGACUUCUGGGUGACUGAAGAGGUUGUAGAGAAAGAGCCUGAUCUUCCUAGUAAUGUGGAUGACUUAUUGCGUGAAAUUGAUGCUGAUUUAUAUCAAAGUGGCGGUGGUGGUAGUGGUCUUUAUGCUGCAUCUCUUUCUUCUGCUGAUCAGGGUGGGAAUGAAGGUGAAGAUCAUCCCACCGAAGCAGAUUUGCAACAAGUUCUUGCGGAUUUUGAUUGA